AUGAAAGAAAAAUUUAAGUUACUCUUUUUUAUUAAAAUUUCUACGUUUUUCCUUUUAACAUGGGGAUAUCAUCUUAAGAAUGAAGUGGGUAAAUAUAAUAUAUAUUUAGAUGAGAAAUGUGAUGUUGGUAGAAAAUUAGGUCGAACAACUUAUCGUUUACUAGCAAAAUAUAAAAAAGAGAACUGUUCAAGUACUGUACGGAUAAAUGAAAUGAUACCCAACAAUGGAACAUGCGAAAAAAAAGAUACAUAUUAUAAUGAAAAAAUAGUUAAAGGAAAAAAUAUACGGACAAAUAAAUAUUCACUAAACAAUGGAGGAGAUUAUAAAGUACCUAGAAGAAGCAAAUCUUCUACGUGCAUCGGAAGAAAUUCAUAUGGUGGAAAAAGAACAUUUGACAAAAUAUAUUAUAAAAAUAUACUUAGGAAUGCAACGAUUGCUGAUUUUAACUCUUUAAAAAAAGGUAUAAAAAAAAAACAAUUUUGGAUUUUUACUUUAAUUAUUUUUUAUGUAGUAAAUGGAAUACUGCUAUAUUUUUUAAACAAAAUACCAUAUUUGAAAGAAAUUGUUUUUGAUGUAACUUUAUUUGAUAAAAAACUAUAUUCGAGUUAUGGAGGAUUCUUUGUACUCUCGUUUAUAGUUAUAAUUGUAGUUUUUUAUCUGUACAAAAUAACUGUAAAACAAAUAAAGGUAACACAUAAAAAAAGUCGUUUGAAUAACACAACGUAUCCUUCUUUACAUAAGAGAGUAAUAUUUAACAAAUAA